AUGAGCCCACCAGCAGGAUCAACAGAUAAGAAGGAGAACCCAUGGAAGAGAAUGGUUGCAGGUGCAGUUGCAGGAACAGCUGAUGUUUGGGCAUGCCAUCCAUUGGAUCGUAUCAAGACACAGCUCCAGAACAACCCAGGCAGAUCGAUAUAUCAGACAUUCACCGAUGUCACGUCAAAGGGCAAGGGAUUCACAGGUGGCGUCUACGCAUUGUACGAGGGCAUCUUGCCAAUGACCGCCGAGGCCAUUUUCAAGGUGGGCAUCAGGUACUUUGCCUUCUCCUGGUUCACCAAGGAGUACAACGAGCGCUUCAACGGCGGCAAGGCGCCAAAGGACCCAUUCUUUGUCAACCUGGCCGGAGGUGCCUUUGCCGGUACCGUCGAGUCGUUCCUCGUCGUCAUCCCCUGUGAGCUGCUCAAGGUGCGCCACAUGACCCAGGCUCACAGCCGCUCGUUCGGCAACGUUUUCCGCGAUGUGUGGCGCGAGGAGGGCAUCCAAGGCCUGUACAAGGGUGGCAGUGCCACAUUGCUGCGACAGAUCACCAACCACAUGAUUCGUUUCCCCGUGUUCUACGCCAUCACAGACAGUCUCAAGGGUGGCGAUCACAGCAAGAAGCUGCCCGUGCUCCAGAACCUCGCCGCCGGAGCCCUGGCCGGUACCGCCUCCACACUGUUCAACAACCCACUGGACACUAUCAAGACUCGCAUGCAGAAGCAGGGUCAGAACCAGACCUCCACACAGGUCAUCCGCAGCAUCUACGCCGACGGUGGUGUGUCCGCCUUCUGGGCCGGUUGUCUCCCACGUAUUCUUCGUGUGGCUCCAGGUCAGGCCAUCACCUGGGCUGUCGUCGAGUGGGUCACCAACCUCUUGGGACCA